AUGAGCUCCAUCUCGGCGGAAUUGGAAGUUGGGUCUUCGAUUUUCAUUGAAGAUGCGGAUGGCUUAGAGUUAAAUGAUAGUUUGGCUGCUGAAAUUGAAGAGAGUUCUGUUCCUAUGGACGAAAGGUUUGAUUCUUUUACAAUGGACGAUGAUAAAAUUGAAAAAAUGGAGAAUGAUAUGGAAAAGGUGCAAAGUUUAUUGUCAUUGCUUCAGAGCAGUGCUAUCGCUGAUGGGUCUCUAGAGGAGGACUUCGAUAAAAUGGGUUUGAUUUUGAAUGAAGAUUUUGUAAUUAUGGUGCUUGAAACACCAUACAUUCCAAUGCAAUAUGCAAUAUAUUCAGAAGCUUUACAAAAAUCGGAUGAUUCAAAAGCUCGGCACUCACAACAAAGCGUUCCAUUUCCUCGCCUACAUACACCGGCAAGUGUCCCUCCGGUACACUGCUGUUCUUCUGCAAAGACGCAUACCUCCGGCGUCUCGUUCUCGACUCCGAUAGCAAAAGAUAACACUGUGAAGAAUCUGCCACUCUUGCUAGCCUCCGUAUCAAACUCUUCAUUCUCUUAA